AUGGCGCCUGUCCAAACCCCGUGGACCUUGAUUCUGCUGCAGGAGAAGCCUGGUCUGCAUGAAUACAAUCAUGCUUUGUCAAAUGUCGAAAAAUACUACACCCAUUUGCAGAGAGCUAUGCAGGAUUCAUCUAUCCAUGAUCAGCUAGUUCUCAACCCGGACCAAACACACUCACGGCUGCUGAGGUCCUUCGAGAUCUUGCGUGCCAAACAGCUACCAGGUCCGGUUGCCGAGGAGAUUUUCAAGACCAUGGUCCUUCCGUUUAUUCACGACAACAUUUUCUCUCCGCCACAGAUCAUCCAACUCGUUGGAUCUGCACUACCUCUCAUCACCAGACAACAUUCUCAGUUUCUGCGCGACAUCACCAACACCCUCCUGUCUUCUCGGGGCUUGUUUGACCACCUGGUAGCAAAUGAAAGGCAGAUUGGAGACAGGCUGGUCGCCAUGUGCAAUGCCUGUUCCGCCGACCAUGGAACGGACGCUACUGUGGAGAGUUGGGGUAUUGCUCAGAAACUGAUCGAGUCCAUCAACCUGCUCAUUGACACAUCUUACGAAGAAGAAUUGAAACGGGCAAAAAUGGAGAAUCUACCUUGUCUAGAAUCCAUGAAAGUACUCAGUCGGGACGAUAAAAAACUGACCCUAGCUCAACAAGGUCCCAAAAAGGAACUGAAAAAGGAAUUCAAGGUCUCGGACGAGAUCCUUCAGCAGAUGAACCACUUCAACCUCCCACCACCGCUGUCCGCUCGAGGCCUCACUCAUGCAUCGGAGCAUCUUCAAAACGAAAUAAUCCCAGCACUCAUGCGCUCUGCCCUUGAAAGCUUCCCAUGCAGAAUCUGUUUGGAUAGGCUCACUACCGGGAGUCUUACAGGCACUCUGGCCAGCUCCACAGACCUGCCUUCGGAUCGAACUACAGUACCUGGCAGUGCCCAAGAUAUUUUCGGCAAAAAAUUUGGUCUUUGGAAGGUUUUACUGUCUGACAUUGCUUUUAAGAAUGCAAAGAAACUGGUCCGCGGAGGUGACUUCGGCGGCGUGGAACAAAAGCUCAGGGAUUUGGCGAGUGGUGGGUGGAAAGGCAAAGAACUAUCUCGCCGCGUGGGGUCCAAGCAACAAAAGAAAAGAAUGCAAGUUCCUAUCUUGGAAGUGAGCGCUUCUGCAACUGUGUCAAUCUUGUGGCAAGUUGAUGUCGGCUUUUACGACGAGCUGCCCUGGGUGCAGCAGCAGAUUGUAAAAGUAUGGCAAAUUGUGACCUCGGAAGAGGAGUUGGAAACUGCCAUUGAGCAGAUACUUCUGAUCCAGGAAUCCUACACCUCAGAACUUGUUCAACUCUGUUUGCAACGUCCUGUUCAGCAAUCAGAUGGGACUUGGACGCCACAGCGGUUCGGGAACGUGAAAGAGACUGGGUCUCAUCAAAUGAAAUCCAUUGCUUCUUCCAAAGCAAGCCCAGCUUUGAUUGAGAUGUCAAACAAAUUUUACAAUCUCACCGAGCCGUUUUUGAGGUCGAUCAUUGAUGAAAGCGGCACAGAGGAGUUUCCGUUUGACCUCUCUCCCGAGGAGUUAGAAAUUGUCAAGCACUUCAGCACAGCAAGCUUGAUUCUAGGUCGAAGUGGUACAGGAAAAACCACCUGUCUGUUGUUCAAGAUGCUUGCCAAGCAUAAAGCAAGGCAGUCAGCUUCAGAUGAGCAGCAAGCUCGACAGCUUCUCUUGACUCGCUCCUCCUAUCUGGCUUCAAAGCUUCAAACAUAUGCCAAAAGCCUGAUUGACGCUCAGUCCAAGGCUCCCCCGGCUGAAGAAGAUGUAGACUCGGAUCUGAAACCGACUUCGUUCUUCGCCCUGAAGAAUUGCCAUUUUCCAAUUGUCUGCACUUACGACGAAUUUCUUGGGCUUCUGGAAAAUACAAUCAGAAUGGCUGAUCGAAAAGACUUCCUAAGAGACAUCAAUCCCAACAAGGCAAAGGGCCUGGACCCACAGGUGGGAGACAAGCCACGAGUAAUUGACUUCAGCAUUUUCAAAACAGAAUAUUGGGGCUCGCUGAGUGGAUUAGCUCCACCAUCUUGCUCUCCAGAGCUCCUCUUCGCAGAGAUAAUGGGCGUCAUUAAAGGCUCUAGCGUCACGGCAAAAAGCCUGAAGCCUUUAUGCCGUGCAGAAUAUGUUAAGAAAAACGCGAAAGCUUCUCCCGCCUUUACCUCCGAGGCAGAGCGUGAGAAAGUAUUUGGAGCCUUCGAGCGCUACGAAAAGCAAAAGAAGCUUCGCAAGGAGAUUGACGAGCUGGACCGUGUCAGUGUCCUGCUGAAAUCCCUGAGAGACAAGAAAGCUCUAGCAGAGCAAAUUCAGCGCUGUUUCGAGGAGAUUUAUGUUGAUGAAAUUCAAGACUUGCGUUGUCUGGACAUUGUCCUACUUUUAGGCUGCCUCAGUGAUGCUCGUGGCAUUCACCUUGCUGGCGAUACUGCCCAGUGCAUAUCGAAGGACUCGGUUUUCCGAUUCCCUGAGAUAAAGGCAUUGUUCUACGAUCAUUACGAAGUGAUUGCCAAUGAACAGAAUCAGCCGACAUUCGCCAAGCCUGUUCAAUUCUCUCUGGCGAAGAACUACCGCUCGCAUCAGGGUAUUCUAAGUUUUGCAUCAUGGGUGAUGCAGCUACUCUGGCAUGGAUUCCCGGAAACAGUGGACAAGUUGGACCCAGAGAUUGGCUAUAUCGGAGGACCAAAACCGAUUAUCUUUGCGGGAUUCGACUCCUCGAUUCUUUCUGCCAAGAUGAUUGGCCUAGUCAAGCUCAACGACAAGGUCGCCGAUUUUGGCGCUGAGCAAGUCAUCCUUGUCCGAGAUGAUGCAUCCAAGGACAAGUUGCAAACCCAAAUCGGCGAGAUUGCCCUUGUCUUAACAAUCUUAGAAAGCAAGGGUAUGGAGUUUGACGAUGUGUUGGUGUAUGACUUUUUCGGCAGCAGUGGCCUUGGUAGUAGCUAUCGGUGCCUUCACAUGCUUGUUCAAGCAUCACGAGCCCAGUUUGACGCUCAGAAACAUGCGGCUUUGUGUUCCGAACUCAAGUCGCUUUAUGUCGCCGUUACUCGUGCUCGGAAGCAACUUUGGUUCAUGGAAACUCAAGAGAACAGCGUUGAUCCCAUUCUUCAAACGUUGUCGCAGAGUAACAGCCUCGAGCUCGCUGAAGUUGUGAAGCAGAAAGACCCUGAUGUUGCGGCAAAGGUAGCAGUUCUGCGGGCUGGCGGCUCAGUGGACCCAGAGAGAUGGCUCAAGAGAGCAGCACAUCUUCUCCAUCGGAAGAGCUUUGCAGAGGCAUUGUUUUGCUACAAGAAGGCCAAUGAUCCUCGAGGAAUGACACACUCACAGGCGUGUCUGCAUGAGCAAGAAGGAAGAUCCCACCGAGCAGCUGGAGAUAUCGAAGAAUUCACCGCGUGCUACGAAAAGGCUAUCGUCCUUUUCCUUGAGAUCGGCCUCAUUGCAGAAGCUGCGAUGUGUUACGAAGGGCUUGGGCAGUUCGGCAAAGUUGCAGAAAUCUGGAAAGCUCGCGAACAAUACCAAAAGGCUGCAUCUUUCUACGAGAAAGGCAAACUUUUCGCAGAAGCUUUCGGAGUGUUACCAUUCUUGUGGAACCGCGCGUACCUCAGCGAGCCCACCUUGCUUCGAUACUCGAGACUCUGCAAUAUUUUGCUCAGGCAGGGACGUGUCUCUGCCAGCCUGAGGGCGAUAACUAUCAAUAUGCUUGGAUCAGAUGUGUCCAAGAUUGCGUUUUUCAAAGAAUUCGAAAUGUGGGACCAGCUGCGUGCACUCUAUUCAUCAAAGUCCAGAUGGUUUGAGUAUUACGAUCUAUCAGUCGCUGUUGGUGACAUACCUGCGGCGAUAGGCACCUUGCUGGUUCACAAAUUGAUGCCAGUGGUUGACAAGCCAGUUGUCGAGAAGCUGUUCAAUUACUCCAUGGUCGAAGUCUUAUACGCCCACAGGGACUUAAUUCCGGCCAAACCUGAGCGAGAUGGGCUGCUGAAAUCAGUCAAAUUAACUUACCUCGAAAAACUUGGGGCUCAGUGGAGAACGCUAUUGCAGUUGAUCGAUGAUUUUGAGGAUAUGGAUUCGCCCGCUUCAGUUAAACACCUGGAUAAAGGUCUCUCGAAGGAUAUUUUCUGUCUUUUUGUUAUCGCUUUCGAGCCAUCAGUGUUCACCAAGCAUAAGAUCGAACACCUUCCAAUGGAUAUCGUCAUCCGAGUUGGAAAUCUGCUGCAAGGCUUUUAUGCCCAGAAUCAGCAUUCUCUUACUUGUUUAGCUACGGUUUGUGGCAUUUUCACAAACCCAAAGCAAGAGACCCAGACGAUCUUGCUGCAUUGGUCUCCGUUGAGGAGUUUCACGACAACUUCUCUUGAUGGGUCUUCAUCCGAGGACUUGCUUGAAAUUGCAAAAGACUUUGUUCAAGAGAAGUUUGCCGCAGCACUUACUCAGUUCCAUGAAAAUGCGGGCCACCUCGUGAAGAAGGAUUUUCCGCCGACCUGUUUCCAACAGCUUUACAAAGGAUAUUGUUCAAAGCUUAAAGCCAAUGAAUGCUUCUGGGGUCAUGAAAAGCCUACUGCAGAAUUUGCUAUUGCGAAGUUGAAUUGCCUUCUCACCGUCGCUGAGGUUUUUGCGCGCCUUACGCCGGUUUAUUAUCAAAAAGUCAUGGGUGAAGCUUUCAGUAAACCAUUUCUGGGUCGUAGGAGAACUUGGAUCCAGCAUAUCCAAGAGGAGCUGGUUAUUGUCAGUUCACUGGAGCAAUCCAGUACUGCAAUUGCAAAUCUUCGUUCCAAUCUGCAAAGCAAUCCAGAGUUUGCUGCAACCGCAUACUGCCUCGAAGAGUUGUUGUUCUAUCGCAUGACCAAGGAAUGGGGGUCGAUGAGCAGUCUGAGCUCUUCUCUAGAGAAGGUCCAAGAAUCUCAAAUUCUCGGCCCUCACCCAGCCAUGCGUUUCCAGCGAGCACUCGUUCUCAAUAUGGAGCGUAGCAUGCCACCACGCCAGAAGCGAUCUGGUCAUCCGCUUGCGUUGCCUUUGACGACGUUGAAUGCUGCUGAGAGAAUUCGAUCAGCGGUUGCCAGGCGCAAUACUCAUGACUUUCACAACGGCAUCAGCGCCUUUGUCCAAUGUCUCGAGAAAACACCCAAAUCCUCCCUUGGAUCGCUCCAUGCCGUCCUUUCUGUGCUCGAAUUUUCAGCUACGUACAUUCUUUGUAUCGCCAAUCCAGGAAGGGGUAUCGUGAUUCCCUGGUCCUGGGCCUUGCAGCAUCUUUCGACAAUUAUGCAAUCUCCCGCUAAAGACUAUAGGUUCAAGGACAGGGAAAUCCGAGUGCACACAACCGACUUGACGAACGUUGUCAUCAGCUUCUGCAACCUCAUGGAACAGGUCGAAAAUGCCCUCACCAACGGCAUUUUAAGAUUCCAAGGACUGGGACGCAGUAAUCUUCCGGUUCCUAUUGUCAAACGGCGCUGCACGGAGCUUUUGACGACCGUGAAUCUCAACCUGAAUUAUUGGCCCAGGCAGCCAGUCGGUUUUAAGGAGAUGGAGAAGGUAGUUAACAAGGCGCUUCGAUCGACCAUUAUUCCACCAGGAAUGGCAUUGGAAUUUUCCAGCAGUGAUAGGUUCCGGCAAAGUUGCAUCCGCGAGUAUGCAGCCUACAACCACAAGGACGAACUGUGCGUCGUUGCGCUUGAUGAUAGGAAGUCCGCCCCUCUCUUCCUGCGGUCCUUCACACAAGGCAACGCGAAGUUCGCCCAGCUAAGUGAUAUCUUGCGGAUGUCGCGCAUUGCUGAGAACCCUCUAUCCAUGGGUUUGGAAGAAGACUGGCAAAUCGACGAAUACAGCGGCUACGAGCUCGACAUGAUCACGAAUCUCCAGCGGCGCUGGCGACAGGUGAUGGAGGUCCUCGAGAACAAACGCCGUAGGGCACAAACCCGCGAGGGAAAACUCACCCAAUACUUCCACGAGGUGUGCACGAGACGGAUGAGUGUUCUACCUGCGUCCGCUUGGUCAACUCGGGACAAAAUACACAUGCGCAAGGUAAUAUUUACCGACGGUUUGAAGAUCGCUGCGUCUCUUCUCGGUGUUCUUGAGAGCCUCCGAGAAGUCAAGGACCGAUGGAGGAUCCAAUUCAACAACAAUUGGUCCACUGAAAAGCUAGAGGAGCUCUCUGUCAUUCGCGGACACAUUCUGCCGAUCGACGGUCAGCUUGAGUACAUUGUUGAGCACUGGUCUCCCAAGGGCAUCGAGGAGGGUAUGAUGACCGUUCCGGCUGAGGACCUCGGUGCAUCAGCCCGUGAAGCCCAGCGCGCCCUCUGGGCUGUUCAGCGCGAGAUUGAAAUUAUUCGAUCUCAGGUUGAAAUCAUUGAAAAGAGUCCUGACCGUUAA